AUGGGAUCCUAUGAUCAUGAUACUACCGUGCCUUAGCCCUUGAGUCCAUGAACGGAGCUGUGGGUUGGACGCCUGGACCUCAGAUCGUUACUGAUUUAGUAGUUUAUUUGUGGGGUUUCAUGGGCGUAUUACCCAACCCGUAAGGCAACAAGGCCAUGGCCCCCAACCGUGACACCCCAGCUAGCGUUUGCCCACAAGCUACCACUACCACUACACAUCCCCAUCAGUCCACUCACGUAACCUACUCACGAACACGAGCAAACACACAGGCUCACACUGAACAGUGAGCUCGCCCAUCCAUACAUGUCAAACAGAGCACAACCCACACGCUCCAGACAUCAAGAACGCCAAGAACCAACAGCCACGGCGACGGCGACGGCGACGCCAUGGCUCCGAUGAUGCCAACCGCGGCGCUCGUGCUCCUGGCCCUCGUGGCCGAGGCCGCGCUGCUGCCGCCCGCUGCGCGGGCGCAGAUAUCCGCCGCGCCCUGGGGCGCCCCUGCGCCUGCGUUGGACUGCACGGGCGCGCUGCUGAACCUGUCGUCGUGCCUGACGUACGUGGAACGCCGCAGCGCGCUGACGCGGCCGGACAAGGGCUGCUGCGGGGCGCUCGCGGGCGUCGUGGGCGGCGACGAGGCCGCCUGCCUGUGCGUGCUCAUCGCCGGGUACGGCGCGCACGGCGUCCGGGUCGAUCCCGUGCGCGCGCUCGCGCUGCCCACCAUCUGCCGCGUCGACGCGCCCCCGCCAAGGCUCUGCGCCGCGCUCGGCAUGCCCGUUGCCGAGCCGCCAGGCGGCGCAGCCGCCCCGGAAUCAGGGUCCGACCUACCGACGACGACACCGGCAGCGGCGGCAGGGAACGGCGGCCCGGCGACGCGCCCACAAACCUCAACGCAUCUGUGUCUGGUGGCCCUCCUACACUGCCUCAUUCUAUCCACACUGCUGCUGUAACUCUUCCAGGUCGUACGCCGCUCGCAGCACCGUACGUAGAGCUGCUGCAUUUGUACAAGUGUAAAUGUGCACACGGGUUGUACCGCUCACGGAGUGAAUCAAUUCGGCAUC